AUGAAUUACUCCCCAGUAUCGAAGGAGGAGAGCUUGGAGGAUGCAAGUUAUGCUAGUGCCAGUCUACGUGGCCUUUCACCUUCGAGACGUAGCUGGGCAGGCAGAACAAUCACUAUAUUGAAUGUAGCCUUGUUUAUCGCAUCGACCGCCCUCUUCCUCAAGUCCUCCAAUAUUACGAAUCGUCAGGAUUGGGCAUUGGAGCAGGUGUCAUAUUUCUCACCACUUUUUACCCGACUAAAGAUACCUUUCGUUGCAAAGGUAGUUCAGGGAGACUUAUUCAACGAGGACAAUCUUCUUCUGCGGCAGUACCCUUCUCCCGAGGUCGAUGACGCCUGGGAGGCCCUGACAGAUGUUGGUGUAGUGAUAAUCAAUAAAGAAGAGGUAGUCAAGCUCGGAAAAGACCCGAAAAAGGCAGUGAAAGCUCCUCCAGAAUGGGGUUCGUGGCUCUUCUUCACUCUUGCGACCUGUACACUGACUGCAGCUUCAGGACAUGGCGAGAAUUCUUAUUUAGCUCAACCAGACGGCCAACAUGCUCUCCACUGCUUGAACGCCAUUCGCAAGUACGCAUACCGAGAGCAUUACUACCCUUCGCAAACUACAAGUCCAUCGAGCAGCCAUUCCCCCAAUCUUACCAGCACCUCACCACUUCAGCCCUUCCAUCAAGCUCACUUGUCACAUUGUCUACACGUUUUGCUCCAGACUUUGACUUGCGACUUCAGCACAGAUAUGAUAACGCACAACUGGAUGGAAACACAAGACUACCCGUUCCCCGACUUUGCUAUAAAUAAGAAGUGUAGAGAUCAUUCUGAGAUACUGAAAUGGCAAGCGAAGGAGCGCAUCAGUGUGGAUAUGUGGAUAGAAAUGUCUAAACGUGGUCCCCAGCCCGGAGAAGAAAUUCUCAAAUUGCCUCCUAAAUUGAAAGCUUGGUCGCAAAGUGAUGUUACAGAUGGUCAAAGCGAAAAAGGGCAUUAA